GGUAGAUCUGAGGACUAGUUCUUAAGGUCAGGGUCCAGUUGUAGAAGAUCAGAGUCAAGUUUGGACCUCCUCUCUGAAGGUCAAAGGUUUACUGCUAAGACCUGAGACGAGCUGCAGGGGUCCAGAAACCAGGUCCAGAGGUCUUUGUUGGACUAAAGGAAGACCUUCAGGUUCCUGCUGCAGAUGUUUUGGACCAGAACUAGGAGGUUUUCAUGGUUGGAGCAGAGGUCAGGGGUCAUGGUCUAAGUUAGAGGACCAGUUUCAGAAGUCUUACUUUGCUAGACGUACCGGGACCUGAUCAGAGCAGCUGAGGCUCAUGGGUAAUGUAGUUCUUCUAGAAGAAGAACCCAAUAAUUCUCUCUGCGGGUAAAAACCCAUCUGUACGGUCUCUGUGGUGACCUUUGACCCUCCCUGUGGUUAUGACAUCAGUGCGAGUCACCAUAAUGACAGUGAUGGCGCUGAGUCAUGGAGGUAAAUAAAGAGGCUGAACCUCCGCCCCCGUCGUCAUGGCAACACACACACAUGACUCGCCUGUGUGUGUGUCGAGUUUAUGAGCGCGUCAGAGACUCCAGAGACUUCUCUGGACCUGGGGGCGUGGCCAGGUGGUGUCAGCGACCAAUCAGAGUUUGCACUCACCUGAAGUGGUGACCAUCACGAUGGAGCUCCUCAGGUAGGCGUUCGCAGGAACGUAGUAGCAGUGCAGCUCGUUGCACAUGAAGGUCCCCCUCCUGGCCUGCUUCCUGGCCACGUAGACCAGGUACCCGUACAGAGAGCACAUGGUCAGGAUGGGCGCCACGAUGCCCGCCAGCAUCCACAGCAGCACGAAGUACCUGUUGUCAGGCGUGAAGUCGGGGCAGCACAGGAACCGCGACUCGCUGUAGACGUAGCUGCCGAAGCCCAGCAGGGGGAGGGCGGCGUUCACCAGGCAGAAGAGCCAGACCAGGAUCAGCACGGCCCGGCUCCGCCCCGACGUCCACACGCUGCUGUAGCUGAGGGCGAAGCAGAUCUCGGUGAACUUGUCGACGGUGGCCCAGGCCAGAGAGUGGAUGGAGGAGGUCUGCAGGAGCAGGAAGAGGAAGCCGCUGCCCUGACACAGAGCGCCCUCGCCGGGGCAGCAGGAGGGCCAGACCAGACUGUUGUGGACCCCGAACGGGAUGACGGAGAGUCCGAGAACCAGGUCACUGAGGCUGAAGCUCAGGGUGAGGCCCAGGGUGUCCGUCCGGAGCUCCUUAUUCAGGAGGAGCACCAGCAGGAGGAGGAGGUUCCCAGAGACGGAGGCCACGCCUGACAUGACCAUCAGAGCGGCGUAGAGCAACCUCAGAGCGGCCGCCAUCUUUACACGGACAUCUGAGGACCGGUACAGACAGGAACUUCUGUCCCGCCCCCGCAGGGGUCCCUCUAAUGUCCACUAGGUGGAGCACUGGUGGACUCUCAGCGGAUCAUCAACUUCCUGUCUGAGACUUUCAGAAUAAAAGCUCCAAAAACACAGACUGAACCUUUAAAAGGAGGAGGAGUUUCCGUGGAGGACUCUCUUUGACCCGGAACCACGGAGAGUCCACCUCCAGAGGAACCAGGACAGACUCACAUCUCUGUGGACCGCUGGUAUGUGGUCCUGAAGCUGGUGUCAGACCUGGUCCAUGCUGGUCUCGGCUGUGAGAUCCAGACCAGAACAGCCUCCCAUAUAAACAGACCUCAGAUCCAGAAGGUUGGACCCAGGUCUGCAGAGUCACCUGAACGCCCUGCGGUCUCUCAGCGUCUGUCAGGUUUCCUUUUCAUCAGGGACCUGAAAAUAAAACAGAACCAGGAAGUCAGUCUGAGGUCACUUCCUCCAACGACAGUCGUAAAACUGGUUUAUAACUCAGACCAGUUCUUCCCCUGACCCCCUUCACUCUGACUCUUACUGGGACUCCACCAGACGGACUGGUUCUGUUCCAGUCCGGUACAGUUCUCUCUGAUUAACCCUGAUACUCCUCGUGUUUCCAAAGCAGACUGGACCGUACGCCGAGGCCGCCUGGCGCUGCCGCCGCCGCAGAGCGUCUUGAUUUUUGGCGUGUUUGUUUACAGAGCGUUCAGACCUCCGACCCAGUAUUUUUCAUGAGUCAUGUGGAUCUCUGCCGAAAUCCACAGCAUGACUUUCAAAAUAAAAGCCUGAGCUUUCACACAGAUGAGGCUUUUAUUUUGAAGUUGUGAAAAAGUCAAAGGAGUAACCGGCAGAGCGCCGCUGAGGUCGACUCGUUAUCAUCAGACAGAAUCAGGAAGCACUCUCAGCUGAGACAGGUGUGUGUGUGUGUGUGUGUGUGUGUGUGUGUGUGUGUGUGUGUGUGUGUGUGUGUGUGUGUGUGUCUCUAUAACAUCACUGUUCCCCUCACACCUGAACAACAGCCUCACCUUCACCUCAGAUCAGACUCUGACUCCUCAGUGACGAUGAUGAUGAUGAUGAUGAUGAUGAUGAUGAUGAAGGUGAUGAAGGUCUGAGGAUGAUCCGGUCCGCUCCGCCCUC